GUGAGUCUUUCAGUAGACGUGUGCAAUGCAAAGCUAGUUCUGAAGACACCGCGGCGGUGAAUGCAAUACCAGAGCACCGACUGAAACCGUACGACAGGUGAUGAAGUUUGAUGAAGGUACAGGAGUAAUCUGUAGCUAGACGCGUAGGGGAGUACUCGGAAAAAAAGCUUUUCCACAUUAUUAGAUUCUUACUGUUUAUUUUGCGUUUAGUUAAAUGUAUCAGACAAGAGGAGGAAGGCUGGUUUUAGUGGUUCGCUUCCCCUUAAUCGAGUGUUUCCUGUGGUCUAUGCAGCCCGCACACUUCAGCGCGUCAAUGCUGUCACAGCAAGGCUGGUGGAGUGAUCCAAGGGCUAGCCUGAUUUGAGUUGGCUGAGCUUCCGAUGCAGCGCCGGUCAAACUGAAGAAGCCGGCUGCAGACUGCCAACUCUUGGGAGGGGUACCUGAACAAGAGACUCGGCCUAGAAAUAGUUUAUCACAGUCUGGUAUACUGGCACAGUUCCAUAAAGUUUUAGUGUUUUCAUUUAGUAAAUCUGUUUUAUGCUUUACAUACCCAGCCUUAACGUCUUCAUAUUUCCAAAGAACCGGACUGUUUCUCUAUUGUAUUAUUAUUGAUUUGCGCAUGUAUUUGGUUUAGUUGUAACUCUAUAAAGCGGGGCGAUGGACGCGCUUUACGCCACCGAAGAUUACAACGGCACGGACUUUAACGUUUCGUCCAGCGCAAACGGCACCGGCGAUGACCACUCGAACCAGUUCGUGCAGCCGGUUUGGAGGAUAGCGCUGUGGGCUGUCGCCUAUGCGGCCAUCGUGAUGAUCUCGGUCGCGGGGAAUGUAAUCGUGAUCUGGAUCAUUGUCGCCCACAAGAGAAUGCGGACGGUCACCAAUUACUUUCUGGUCAACCUGGCUUUUGCCGAAGCCUCGAUGUCGGCGUUCAACACGGUGAUAAACUUCACCUACGCCGUGCACAACGAGUGGUACUACGGCUUGAUCUACUGCCGGUUUCAUAACUUCUUCCCCAUCGCCGCUGUGUUCGCCAGCAUCUACUCAAUGACUGCCAUAGCACUGGACAGGUACGUGGCGAUCAUCCACCCCCUGCAGCAGAGACUGUCCUCCACAGAGACCAAGAUCAUCAUCUCUGUGAUCUGGAUCCUAGCGCUCUGCCUGGCCUUCCCACAGUACUACUACUCCAUCACCGCGGAGCUGCCCGGGAGAGUGGUCUGCUACAUUGACUGGCCGGAAUACCAGCUCUGCGACUUCCGGAAGAUGUACUACGUGUGCGUUGUGAUUCUCAUCUACUUCUUGCCUCUGCUGGUGAUGGGCUGUGCCUACCUGGUAGUCGGGAUCACGCUCUGGGCCAGCGAGAUCCCCGGGGACUCAUCGGACCGGUACCGGGAGCAGCUCAUAGCCAAGCGCAAGGUCGUGAAGAUGAUGAUCGUGGUGGUGUGCACCUUUGCGCUCUGCUGGCUCCCCUACCACGUCUAUUUCCUGCUCAGCGAAUUCUUCCCCAACCUCUUCCUGAAGCUGUUCAUUCAGCAGGUGUACCUGGCGACCAUGUGGCUGGCGAUGAGCUCCACCAUGUACAACCCUAUCAUCUACUGCUGCCUCAACGAUCGAUUUCGAGCCGGAUUCAAGCAAGCUUUCCGCUGCUGCCCCUUCGUCAAACCCGGGGACUAUGAAGGGCUGGAGCUCAAGUCCAGGCGCUACCUCCACGCACAGAAUAGCGUGUACAAAGUGAGCCGCAUGGAGACCACCGUGGUCAACGCCAUCGACGAGGACGCGGAGGACAGCCUGAGGAUCAAGCGGCUGUCACUCGACCUCACAUCCAAUGGGUCGUCCCGCGACAUGUUCAAAACGACGUCCGAGACGUCCAGCUUCUACUCCAACACCGUGUCCUAGAGUGGCUUGUUAAACA